UAGACACUCCAUCAGUUCUCUCCCAUCCUCACUCCAAACUGCAUGACUUGGAGACAUCAACUCCUGCCUGGCUCUGCUCUGAAUUUCCGCUCUUCAUCUUCUUCAACGGGACGUGAGCUGGGAUGCCUGAGUCUCCUCUCAGUCCCACGGCAGCCCGUCAAACCCCAGCCAGCAUCCUCCUCAGUCACACAGACAACGGCACAGGAGAGAGAGUAGCUAAUGGGGACUCCUGCAGUGGAGUGAGUGGCGAGAACUGGCAGAGCCUCCGCCAUAAACAGGUGUUCCUGGCUAUGAUGGCUCCGCAGCAGAUGCAGCAUCUUCUGUCCACCAACCAGCUGCAGGCGCUGAUCCACCAGAAGCAACAAGCUCUUGUGCUCCAGCAGCAACAUCUGAAAGAGUUUUACAAGAAGCAACAACAGCAGAUUCACCUGAAGAUGCUGCAGCAGCAACCGAGCAAGAAAGCCAAAGAGCUUCCUGCACAGCAGCUCGUGUUUCAGCAGCUCCUCCAGCUCCAGCAGCAGCAGCAGCAGCAGCAGCAGCAGCUCCUCCGGUUGCAGAGACCCGUCCUGUCCUCGCCUGCCCUCUCUCCAGGUGGUUUGAGUCCUGCAGAGAUGCAGCAGAUAUGGAAAGAGCUCACAAACGGAGCGACCGAAGAUAAAUCCACAUCCAAGGACUCACCUGCGCACAACAACGUGUCGGCAAAAGUCACUGGGAGACGCAGCACUGACCAUCAGACUUCUUCCCCUCGCGGGGCAGAAUGUGCCGCUAAAGCCGAUCGCACCGCCGUGCACACUCUCUACAGCCAUGGUGUGUGUAACUGGCCCGGAUGCGAGUCGGUGUGUGAAAACUUCAGCCAAUUCAUCAAGCACAUGGGCAGUGAACACACUCUGGACGACAGGAGUACAGCCCAGUGCAGAGUUCAGAUGCAGGUGGUUCAGCAGCUCGAGCUUCAGCUCUGCAAAGAACGGGAGCGUCUGCAAGCCAUGAUGGCUCACCUGCACCUGCCGUCUUUAGAAGCUCAGUCGACCUCUGUGCCCGCGAGUCUACAGCCGCAGCAGCCUGACGCGACCGCUGACCCGACCGCUGACCCGCGCGGCCCACAGCUCAGCUCAGUCGCCAACAGCCUGCCCUCGCUGAGCCCGUCAGACUCGGCCCAGGCGUCCCCGCAGCCCGUGCUCCGUGUCAGCUCGCCCUCCCACGGGUGCGAUGAAGAGUCGCCCACUCAGACGUCAUGUGCUGGGGCCAUGAGGCGCCGUCAUCACCCUCUGGUCUACUCCCUCUCUUCGGAAAAUGAAUAUGAACUCUACAAGAACACAGACAUCAGGCCACCUUUCACCUAUGCAACCCUGAUACGACAAGCUAUUAUGGAAACAUCAGACAUGCAACUAACGCUCAACGAGAUAUACAACUGGUUCACACGGACGUUUGCUUAUUUCAGACGCAACGCCGCCACUUGGAAGAACGCAGUGCGACACAACCUGAGCCUGCACAAGUGCUUUGUGCGCGUGGAGAACGUGAAAGGCGCCGUGUGGACGGUGGACGAGGUGGAAUACCAGAGGAGGAGAUCCCAGAAGAUCACGGGGGGUCCGUCGCUGAUGAAAAACGUGUCCUCCAGUCUGGAUUUUAGGGCCGUUCUGAACAGCAGCUUACAGACGGCGCUAGCUGAAGCUUCACUGCCAGGAUUCAAGGAGCGCGUGAGCAGAAAACACCCCGGGAGUCAAAUACAGGACGACAGUCAACAAAACCUGUCUGCACAGUCUGUUUUUAUUAAAGACGAAGCACUGAACCUGAGCGACCAAGAAUCUCUGAUGCCGACAGUGAAACCAGCCGACGUGACUGAAGCUGACCAAGAGCAUUUGUUCGACAUCGAAUGACAAAAGAACUCACACAAUUAUAAUUUGCAAAGCAGUGAAGUAAACCUCUGUUGAACAUUCAGGGAUGUAGACGACAGUUUAUAUUACACCGUCACGUACACAUUUAUUUUGACGUUUCAGAAUCGAGGAAGAACGAAGUAGAAUAUCCUCCUGUGGUUUUUGUGUCGGACUAAAAUAUUUGGUUCAAAAUGUAUAAUGAUAAUGAUAAAAAGGACUUUUAAAGUUGAAUAUGAGAUUUAAAGCUGUACAGCUGCUCACACUUGAACUACCAAGAUAAGAAAAUUAUGUUUAGUCCCAUCACGACGAGCAUCAAAGUCAGAAAAAGACACGAGAAUGAACAAAGUAAAUAAAAACAGAGUAGUGAUCUGACAGCUUUGGGAGAACUAAAGAACAAAUCCUACUCUUUUAUGUAAAUGAUAUACUCCAAAAGGCCAAAGUAAGUGAUUUACAGAAAUAUUUGUUACGAUAUGAUGUAGAGAAUCAAUGUUUCGUCUGUUUAUCGUGAGAGACAUGAAGAAAUCUUACGUUAGAGGUGGUCGAAACAUGUGUAGAUUGUUCCGUGGCUUCUCUCUGUCGUCUUCGUACGUUAAAAAUGUUUUAUUAACGUUACAUUUUUAAAAAGUAAGUCUGUCUUAUGUGUGUUUUCCUGUGUGUAACUUAUGUGUUUAAAUCCGGCGCUGUGUUUCCACUGAAAUAAAGAUUGUUCCAAACAUUCCACUUUUAUAACAUUUUGAGCUGGAUGUUGUGUACAUACUGCUCUGUCUUUAUAAAUUAAAAAAAAAACUGUAAUGUAAUUGUAUGUCCAAAGUGUGACGAUGUAAACUCUGAUUUAAACGUCACACACCGCUAAGCUUUGUUACCCACCACUAUGCUCGUAGACUCAACGUCACACAUUGCCACUAAGCUGGCGCGGUUACACCUGUGCGAGUGUAUGUUGCGUAUUUUACAUGGAAAAUAAAAAACGGUCUUUUGGUGUUUUGGGUAAA